AUGUCGGGGAUAGCGAUCGUGGGGGCCGGUAUGGCUGGGGCUGCCGCUGCUUCUGCGCUGAUGGCUGGAGCGACGAAGAGAGCUGAAGCUCCAACAUGCCUGGGCAGCUCGUCUGCGCCAUGCGUGCCCUCGUGUUGGAUCUUAGAAGCCGGCGCUAUGGCGUCAUGCGCCCCGUUCACAGUGAACGAGACGGAGGGAGAGAGGGGAUGGUCAAGUAAGUUUCCUCCUCCUGGAGCUACCGGGCGAUGCGGGAGACACAUGUGGCCUGCGACAGAUGCGACGGAUGGACGAGGAGAGUUCGAGAUGAACGCGGUCGAGGAGAUCCGUCAGUACGUUCGUUCUCGCGGACUUGAGGCUUGCUGCCUGGACUUUCCAGGAAGCAUAGAGCUAGCGAUAGACGAAGAGGAGCUUGAGCUCAUCAGGAGUGGACAUGGCGAGUUCUGGGACGAGGAGAAAGUCACGGAGGUGCUGGGGUGCCGCCCUGGAAGUUUCCGAGGGGGGAUGUUUCAUGCAGGAGGCGGGAAAGUGUCGCCGCUGGUGCUGCGAGAUGCUCUGCUUCAGGAUGCCAUCGACAGAGGAGCGAGACUUUUAUCGUCCUGUGUCGUUGAGAGGAUAGAGGAGAAGGACGAUCGCGUAGUGCUCCACACGUGCAUGAAGACGAUCGAGGUGGAAAAGGUGAUCGUAUGCAGCAACGCCUGGAUUCCUCAGAUCCUCUCGGAGUAUGAGAGCAUCAUCAGACCGACAUGCGAUGUUGUCCUCAUGACAAGACCUCUGCCCCCAGCCUGGAAGUUCGGCUUCACUGCAGGCGAUGACCAGUGGUACGGGAUGCAGAUGCAGGACGGGAGAAUAUUUCUCGGGGGAGCAUCAAGGGAAUGCGAAUGUUUGAGCUUGGAAAGUGAACGAAACGUAAACGAAGAUGCCAGCAGACAGCUCAGAGACUUCAUGAGCAAAUUUCCCUUCCUGUCCGAAAGUGACAUCGAGGCCGAAUGGACAGGACCCCCUGAUCUGCCUCAGCCGUGA